GUUUUCAGCGAGUUGAGAGUUUGGUACGAUGUUACACGUGAGACACAAGAAACAGAUCCCAGUGUGACUUCACUUCUUCAAAGGGUCCCGUGCAGUGUGUCCAGCCAGCUGAAGCAGCACCGCCCCGUACACACUGAUUUGCACUGCCCUCCUGUCCUUACUUUUCUGCGGCAGUCCAGCCCCUCUUGAGGGAGGAGAGGACUGAUUAACCUCUAGUUUUACUGCGUUGACAUGUUUCACAAGGAUCAGAAGCUCCGAGAUCGCCUCACGCCAUCAUUUCAUGGAUGCACCCAGAGAGAUUCUCCCCACCCUCCCCCCUGGCUUCUCCCAACUUUAGUUUUCUCAGUCCUCACAAGGCAAUUCCCUUAUGGUUUUUGAUACUCUAUAUCGCUCUUCAUGGGUGAGCAUCUUCUUUUUUAGUAUUUAAGAGUAUUUCUUGGUGCAAAUUCAACUUGGUUUGUCAAGAUGCAGCUCCGAACGGUCCUUGACGUUAAUGUUGUGGACGUGCAGAAGAGACGGAAUCCAUCCAAACACUAUGUGUACCUCAUCAACGUCGCUUACUCAGACUCCACUUCCCAUGUCAUCUACAGGAGAUACAGCAAAUUCUUUGACCUACAGAUGCGAAUCCUCGACAAAUUCCCAAUUGAAGGAGGACAGAAGGACCCGAAAAAGAGGAUUAUUCCUUUUUUGCCAGGUAAAGUCUUGUUUCGCAGAAGUCACAUAAGAGAUGUAGCCGUCAGAAGGCUGAAGCACCUGGAUAAUUACUGCAAAGCUUUGAUGAAGCUUCCCUCCCACAUAUCCCAAAGUGAGGAGGUCCUUAAGUUCUUUGAGACCAAGUUAGAGGACCUCAACCCUCCCACAGAUGACUGUGGAGGCUCCGGAAAACGUAAAUCAGGUCUUGAUGCUUCGGAUCCCAUGCUCCUGGAACAGUACGUGGUGGUGGCCAGUUAUGAGAAACAAGAGCCUGCAGAAAUCAGCCUUCAAGCGGGUGAGGUGGUCGACGUCAUUGAAAAGAGCGAGAGUGGUUGGUGGUUUGUAAGCACUGCAGAGGAGCAGGGUUGGGUCCCUGCUACCUAUCUCAACUCCCACAGUGGCACACGGGAUGACUUAGAGCUGGGCGCCUCUAAAGCUGGGGAAGUUACUAAGCGGCAUAAGGCUCAUCUGAAGAGGCUGGACCGGAGAUGGACGUUGGGGGGUGUCAUCAGCAGGCAGCAGAGCCGAGAAGAGAAGUACGUAACAGUGCAACCCUACACCAGCCAGGGCAAGGAUGAGAUUACUUUCGAGAAAGGAGUCAUUGUGGAGGUGAUUCAGAAGAACUUGGAAGGCUGGUGGUUUAUCAGGUACCAGGAUAAAGAGGGCUGGGCUCCGGCCUCUUACCUGAAGAAGCUGAAGGAAGACUUCUCUCCCCGUAAGAAGACUGUGACAGGCCCAGUGGAGAUCAUUGGAAACAUCAUGGAGAUCAGUAACCUGCUUAACAAGAAAGCCUUGAGUGAGAAAGAUGUGCAGACUGAAGGUGUCUCAGAGAGCCCCCAGGUUGCCAGGAAGGAGAUCAGCUUGCCAAUCCCUUGUGCUGACUCAAGCCCUGUUAAUACCCCACAGGAUGGAAAAAGUAAAGCAGAGCCUGCCUCACCAGCUGUAGCCCGUAUCGCCCCUCAUCGCGUGGAAAUUGGUUCCCCAGUUCUCAGGCAAAAACCUCCUCCUCGAAGAGAUGCAACCCUGGGAUUUCAGUUGCCCUCCCCACCAGAGCCCCCUACAGUUGAAGCAGAGUAUUACACCAUUGCAGAUUUCCAGUCCUGUAUAUCUGAUGGUAUCACUUUCAAUGGAGGACAGAAAGCAGAGGUCAUUGAGAAGAACUCUGGUGGGUGGUGGUAUGUCCAGAUAGGAGAGAAGGAGGGCUGGGCUCCCUGCUCCUACAUUGACAAACGUAAAAAGCCCAACCUGAAUCGUAGAACAAGCACUCUGUGCCGCCCAAAAAUUCCACCGCCAGCACCGCCUGUCAAAAAACAAGACUCAGCGGAGACUGCACCUCCCAGCAGCCCUGGGUCUGAAGCUCCAGAGUCCCCCGUGUCUCCUGGGAGGCCGGUGUAUGAAGAGCCAGAAUAUGAUGUCCCUGCCAUUGGCGAUCUGGAUAUGGAGUCUGAGUUUGAGUUUCUGAGGGGAGAAGGGUCCUUGGUGGAUGGAAAGCAUGAGGACACUUCCUCCGAGAAGGGAUCCCACCUGUCCUCCAAGCCUUCUCCGGCUUCGUCACUCCACAGUGCCUCUUUCAAGAUGGGUGAGUCAUUUGAAGAUGGCCAUGAGGCAGAGGGGGAGGCAGAGGGAGAGGAAGAGUGUAUCUAUGAGAAUGACGGCUUCCGGCCCUUCAGGGAGACACCAGAGAGGCAGUGCAGCAGGGACUCAAAUUCCUCCAAGACAAGUGUCUUGUCAGAAACUGGCAGGACUGCAAACCCAACAUCAGGUGGAUGGAGACCUGCAGGUAACAAGUUCAAGAUCGACUUGAAUGGGAGCACAUUUUCAACCAAAGCAGAGGAGGCAUCCAGUCCUAAAUCUGCUUCCACUGAGUCCACCCCAGAUCUGUCCAGAACUAAAAAAGACCAAGAGGAAAGCAAGGCAUCCUCUUCCACCAAGUCUUCCUCUAAACUAAAGCCAGUGGUGAGGCCUAAACCACAACUAGCCAAGGCAUCCAGUGCAGAGAAGAUGGACAUCAGCACUUUGAGAAGACAACUACGGCCAACAGGGCAGCUGAAAAACGGCACCAAAACUAAAGGUGAGGACUCUGAGACAGCUUCAGUCAUCUCUUCAGAAGACUCCUUCUCCUCUCAGAGCACAUCCGAUCUUUCCUCCAUCUAUUCUAAAGGCAGCAGGGGAGACUCUGACCUGGAAGGCUGCAGUUUGUAUCGCACCACAGAUCCCUAUGAGAAAGUCCAAGAGUCUGAGCUCAGCUUCCCUGCUGGAGUGGAAGUGGAAGUAGUGGAGAAGCAGGAGAGUGGCUGGUGGUAUGUCCGCUGGGGAGAUGCAGAGGGCUGGGCUCCAACUUACUACCUGGAGCCCGUCAGGCAACAAGAUGACAUGGCAGGGUCCGAAUCUGAUGGCACCCCAACUAAACCUGGAAGCCUCAGCAAGUCCAACAGCCUGGAGAAAAAUGAGCAAAGGGUGCAGGCAUUGAACAACAUCAACCAAAACCUAAAGAAGGUCACCCCACCCAUCCCCUCCAAGCCUCCAGGUGGCCUCUCCAAACCUACCGGCUUAUUUGGUUCACGGAAGCAGAAUAGCACCAAACAGCAGCAGGUUGUCAGACCUCAGUCUGUCUUCAUAUCAGCCCCGAUCAGGGAUGGUCCCAGCCCUGUUGGCUCUCUCAGGAGAAACGAGUCCCUCAACUCCACGGACCACCCUCGUGCCAGCCCCACAGUGCGACGCAAUGCCUCCUUCAGCACUGUUCCACGUAGCCUGGUGCCAAACAACAUAGCACUACCCAACAGGAACAGAUCCGGUACCGGUAGCUCUGAAUCCAUUGGCCUCAGCUCUCAAAAGAAUGUCCUCCCUGUAUCCACAGUGAAACCUAAGCCCCACAUCAUCCACAACAACCUCAGAGAGGUGUAUGUCUCCAUAGCAGAUUACCAUGGAGACGAGGAGACCAUGGGAUUUCCUGAGGGGACGAGUCUGGAGGUCCUGGAAAGAAACCCUAAUGGAUGGUGGUACUGCAAGAUUCUAGACAAUGGCAGACCAAGGAAAGGAUGGGUUCCCUCAAAUUACCUCGAGAGAAAGCACUAGCGCUCAUGUGUGGAGCUGGCAGAACUCUGAACAUGCGUGUAAAGACUACUCAAACAGAUGCAUUUAUUUUGUGAAAAAGGCUAACCCUAAGAUGUUAAGCAAGGAUUGAAAUCUUACCCGGUACCUUCUCCAAAACGAGCAGCCAGAUCAAAUUGUGACUUUGAAAUGAAAUGAGACAUCUGGUAAAAUGAGUAUACAUGAUACAGUGCCUGAGACAUUACAUUAGGAGCAAUAUAUUGGGACUUAAUGACACAGCCAAAGAGAACACCAGAGAGAGGAAGAAUGAUUUUAAUGAUAUUCUUUACCUUUAACUUGAACUAAGAUGUCAUUUUGUGUCCACUCCUUGAACCUUUCUCUGUAAGUUUAUAAUGUAAUUUUUAAAAACUUUUUAAGCAUUUAAAGCUUACUGCAUGUUUGAAAUGAUUCAUUAUAUUGACGAUGCCUUGAGAUGUUGAAGUAAAAACCUUUUCUCCUCCUUUCCGUAAAGAAAAUCUCAGUUGUUGCCAAAGCUGCUUUGUGUUGGUCUCAUCUUGGUGCUGUCUGUUUGCAUGUUUUUUUUAUAUCUCUUUAUACUGUAUGUCACCUUUUAUGUGAAAUAUUUUAUCCAUUUAAUUAUGUAAUAUUGUCCUAACAAAACAAUUUGUGAGCAUCUCUGAUUAUCACAGUAUUUUCUUACCCUUAAAUGUAAAAACAAUCCCUGACGAUCUUAAAAUGUUUUUUUGUUUUAAUUUCAGAGGGUAAUUGUCAAAACUUAAAACUUCCCUAACGUCAGUGAAAAUUAUAUUUAUUCAUUACUUAAAAAUCAUAUUAUUACUUAUUUUAUUAUUAUUGUAAGAAAUUUACUGAUGAAAAAAAAAUCACAACCGCUUAAACAUUUCUAAGAACUGCUCUAUUAAUUAUGAUAACAUUUUGAAUUUCUGCUGGGCAGUAAAUUUGACAUAACUCUUCAGCUGCAGUAGUACUGGGAUGCUCACUUUUGUUUUAUGUUAACUGUGUGACCAGUGAUGAUAACUGAAGUGCCAACAGAAUGAAUUAAAUAAAUGCACUUUUGAACAAUCA